CAUCUGCAGGGUCCAGGUGAUGGAUGCCUGUCUUAGAUGUCAAGCUGAAAACAAACAAGAGGAUUGUGUUGCUGCACCAGACCCCACAGCUUUCCAAGGUCACAUGAAACCCUGAGUUGGCUGCUCUACGCUAGGCCCACCCGCAGACUAGAAGCCUCGCUGUAAAUCCUCUGCAAGCUACUGCACCUGGCAAGGGAAACCAGCCAGCUGGCCCCCAGAGCUGACCGGGUCCCCACCACAGCCUUCCAGCCUUCCUUUUCUUCUCCCGGGAGCAUACCCUGUGUUCAGCCAUGGUCGACAUGGGGGCCCUGGACAACCUGAUCGCCAACACGGCCUACCUGCAGGCCCGGAAGACCUCGGAUGGAGACAGCAGGGAGCUGCAGCGGCGACGCCGGAGCCUGACCCUGCCUGGGCCACAGAGCUGCACCCAGCUGCGCCAGUCCCUGCCCCAGGACUUCAACAGCCUUUGCGAGCAGCAGCCCAUCGGCCGCCGUCUCUUUCGGGACUUCCUCGCCACAGUGCCCCCAUACCAAGAGGCCGUGGCCUUCCUCGAGGAGGUGCAGAGCUGGGAGCUGGCUGAGGAGGGCCCCGUCAAGGGCAGCAUGCUGCAGGGGCUGGUGGCCACUUGUGUGGCUGCCUCUGCUCCAGGGCACCCGCACCCCUUCCUCAGCCCAGUGCUGGCCACCAAGUGCCAAGCAGCCACCGCCAAGGAAGAGCAGCUAGCCCUGGUAGCACAGGCCAAGGCCGAGGUCAUGGCCUUCCUGCAGGACCAGCCCUUCCAGGAUUUCCUGGCCAGCCCCUUCUAUGACAAGUUUCUGCAGUGGAAAGUCUUUGAGAUGCAACCGGUGUCAGAAAAGUACUUCAAUGAGUUCCGAGUCCUGGGGAAAGGUGGUUUUGGGGAGGUGUGUGCUGUCCAGGUGAAAAACACUGGUAAGAUGUAUGCCUGUAAGAAACUGGACAAGAAGCGGCUGAAGAAGAAAAAUGGUGAGAAAAUGGCUCUUUUAGAAAAGGAAAUCUUGGAAAAGGUCAGCAGCCCUUUCAUCGUCUCUCUGGCCUAUGCCUUUGAGAGCAAGUCCCAUCUCUGCCUUGUCAUGAGCCUGAUGAACGGGGGAGACCUCAAGUUCCACAUCUAUAGUGUGGGCACGCGGGGCCUGGCCAUGAGCAGGGUGGUCUUCUACUCGGCCCAGAUGACCUGUGGAGUGCUGCACCUCCACUCCCUCGGCAUCGUCUACCGGGACAUGAAGCCCGAGAACGUGCUUCUGGAUGACCUCGGCAACUGCAGACUGUCUGACCUGGGGCUGGCCGUGCAGAUCCAGGACGGCAAGCCUGUCACACAGAGGGCUGGAACCAAUGGUUAUAUGGCUCCUGAAAUCCUAAUGGAUAAAGUGAGUUAUUCCUAUCCUGUGGACUGGUUUGCAAUGGGAUGCAGUAUUUAUGAAAUGGUUGCUGGACGAACACCAUUCAAAGAUUACAAGGAGAAAGUCAGUAAAGAGGAUUUAAAGCAAAGAACCCUGAAAGAAGAGGUCAGAUUCCAACAUGAUAACUUCACAGAGGAAGCAAAAGAUAUUUGCAGACUCUUCUUGGCUAAGAAACCAGAGCAACGUUUAGGAAGCAGAGAAAAGUCUGAUGAUCCCAGGCAACACCCUUUCUUCAAAACCAUCAAUUUUGCUCGCCUGGAAGCUGGCCUAGUUGAGCCCCCAUUUGUGCCAGACCCUUCAGUGGUUUAUGCCAAAGACAUCGCUGAAAUUGAAGAUUUCUCUGAGGUUCGGGGAAUCGAAUUUGAUGAUAAAGAUAAGAUGUUCUUCCAAAGAUUUGCAACAGGUGCUGUCCCUAUAGCAUGGCAGGAAGAGAUUAUAGAAACGGGACUGUUUGAAGAAUUGAACGACCCCAACAGGCCUGCAGGUUGUGGUGAUGGUAAUUCAUCCAAGUCUGGUGUGUGUUUGUUACUAUAAGUUGUUCUCUCCACCAGAUAGGCAGCAGGAAUCUCAGCUGACAUAAUCCUCGAAUGUUUCCUAACACAUGAAAAUCUGUUGAAUGAGGACUGAUCAAUCAGGAGGGGCAUUUCAACCAUAGAACAAUUCAAAGGGCAGGUGAGCUCAC